UGACUGUCAAAAUUUAUAAUUUCCUUUUGGAAGAGAAACAGACUAUUAAGGAUUGUUGGGUAAUAGAUAUCGAGUUGGGUCUAGGCCUAGAUUUUUCCUCUCCUAGAACUUGGCUCUAGGCAUUUUUAAGGUUCUUUGUUGUUUCCGGGACUAACGAUUUCUUUCCGGUUAGCGGAUUUUAAACUCUGAGAUAAUCCAGGUCAGUCGGUCCUUUUAAAAAAUUUCGAUCUCUAUUAGUUUUGGGAUUGGAUAUUUUGUUUGGGAUGUAAAAAACCACAAAUCGUUUGGGAUCUUUGCGAACUUGUCCACCUUUCGAUUAAUUCUCACGGCUCUUCUAUAAUUAACUUUUUCCCAAUUGCUUUCCUUUUUUAUAAAUUUUACUUUUUUUCCAGUUGGCAAAACUUCCCUCAUCACCAGAUUUAUGUACGACAGUUUUGACAACACAUAUCAGGCGACAAUUGGCAUCGAUUUUCUCAGCAAAACAAUGUAUCUUGAAGACAGAACUGAGCGUUUUCGAUCUCUUAUUCCUUCCUAUAUUCGUGAUUCUACAGUUGCUGUUGUUGUCUAUGAUAUUACAAACGCCAACUCUUUCCAUCAAACUUCCAAAUGGAUUGACGAUGUUCGCACUGAACGCGGAAGUGACGUUAUUAUUAUGCUUGUUGGAAAUAAGACUGAUUUGACUGAAAAACGCCAAGUCUCCACAGAGGAAGGGGAACAGAAGGCUAAAGAGCUUAAUGUAAUGUUUAUUGAGACGUCGGCAAAGGCGGGUUAUAAUGUUAAACAUCUCUUUCGACGAAUAGCUAGUGCAUUGCCUGGAAUUGACGUUGAAAAACCUUCAGACGCCAAACAAGUUGUUGACAUUGGACCGAUUAAACCACGCCAAAUUGUUACGGAAGAAGGAUCUUGUUGGUGUUGAGAGACAACUUAAUAAUUUAAUUGACCUGUAUAAUUAAAAAAGGGCAGCAACAAAAAGAGGUUAAAAAAAAUUUUUUUUAGAAAAAAAUUCCAACUUUUAUUUUUUUUAAUACUCUAAAAAAUUGUUUUUUUCUAUUUUAAUUUAAAAAUUAUAUUUUUAAAAAUAGACCUAAAUAUUUAAAAAUAAUCUCCAGAAAAAAAAAUUAUUUUUUUACUAGAGGAUCUGGAUCCAGACCUUUAUUUUUUCUGGAUCCAAAGUCCAGAUCAAGACAUUUUUCAGUGUUCCUUGAUUUUUUCUUGACUCAAGGUUAAGAAUUUGGUCAAGGUACCCAACCGAAAUCAAGGAUCAAGGUCAGGGUUUUUCGAAAAUCUCGCUAUUUUUGACCUUAUUAAAAUUUGGGGAUAAUGGGAAUUUUUGAUUUUUUUGAAAUUUUCUGGGAAUUUUUCUGAAAAUAAAAUUUUUUUGUCUAUUCAAUUUUUUUUGGCCAUCAAAAAUUUUCCUGAAAAAAACUGUCUCUCUCUCAUAUCUACAUUAUUUUUGUUAUUACUAUAUUUUAUCAAAAAAAAGAAAAUCUUACUUCUGUUAUUAAUUUAUGUGUUCUAAAAUAUUUGUUUUUAUUGUGCAAGAAUUGGAGAGGGGGAAUAUACGGGGGGAAUUAAAAAAUUUUUUUUUGGAUAAAUUUUUUUGAAAAUUUUCGAAAAUUUGUGAGAACAUCUAAAAAUCCCCACAUACCUAUAUUUCCUCUGUAUGACUCUACUGAUUAA